GGCCCGUUGCCGCUAUAAUAUUGUGGAAGCUGUUUACAGCGCAGUUCAAGGCAUAAGGUACGACAUGCUAAUUGCCGUAAAAGCUACGAGCACGUGGAUCAACAUUUAUACAUUAAACACAACACUGUUUCGCAAUGCCGGCUUCUUAUCACCGUUAAACCAGAAAAUCACUCAGCUGAGUCAGCUCGGUUCACCUGGACUUCUGAUCUCUCGGGACCUGUGGUGCAACUAGUCAGUCUGUGUUACACCACUCACAAUUCUCAGGGAAGAAACUAUGUUUUUGUUAGUUUCCGCUUUGGUCAUUUUUUCUUUAACAUCGGUCGUUGGUCAAACCGAAGCCGUUACGGACACCUCGUAUGUUGCUGCUGUUUACGAGCACCACGUAGUCCUGAACCCGGAGCCUCAUGUCCCCCUAUCCCGCCCUGCUGCCCUGCAACACAUGCAGAAAAACCUGGAUAUCUACGAGGAGCAGGCUGCCCGGGCCGCCCAGCAGGGUGCACAGAUCCUGGUGUUUCCGGAAGAUGGUCUUCAGGGUUUCAACUUCAGCCGAUCAUCCAUCUCUGGCUACCUAGAAACCAUUCCUGACCCCGAGCAGGAGAACUGGAAUCCCUGCACAGAGCCAGGCAGAUACAACAAUACUGAGGUUCUCCAGAAGUUGAGCUGUAUGGCACGUCGUCACAACCUCUAUCUGGUGGCCAACAUGGCUGACCUACAGCCUUGUCCCCUGAAGACCAGCCCUUCCUCCUCCUGUCCCUCUGAUGGACACUGGCAGUUCAACACCAAUGUAGUUUUCAGGUCUAAUGGCCAGUUGGUGGCGCGCUACCAUAAGCAGAACCUGUACUUUGAGGAGGCCUUUGACACACCACCACAGCCUGAGAUCAUAACAUUCGAUACACCUUUUGCUGGGAGGUUUGGCCUCCUCACCUGCUUUGACAUCCUCUUCCAUGAGCCCACAGUUACCCUGGUGGAAAGGGGGGUGCGUCAGCUGAUCUUCCCCACAGCCUGGAUGAACCAGCUUCCCCUGCUGGACACGAUCCAGUUCCAGCGGGCGUUCAGCCUCGGCGCUAAUGUAACCCUGUUAGCAGCCAACAUUCGCUAUGACAGACUGAUCAUGACAGGGAGUGGUAUCUACACCCCUUUUUCUGCCACCUACCACCACGCCCACAAAGGCGAUCCAGAGGAGGGCAAGUUGCUUGUGGCCAGGGUGCCGGUAUUAGACCCUCAAUGGGUGGGGCAGAGUGUGGCAAUAGAGGAGGGGCUAGUUAGGGCGGAGUCCCCAUCAUCUAUGGAUACAGACUCUGGAUACUGUCACCAAGAGAGUUGUUUUGAUUCUUCUCAUCCUGAAGCUGCCUCUUCAGUCUCUCCCUCCUCCGUCACCUUCAUCUCAUCCAUGAUGUACGACCCAUUUACAUUUGUCCUCCUGAACGACACACAGGGUGAACUUAGUGUGUGUGAUGGCACUUUCUGCUGUCGCCUGCAGUACCGGCAGUUGCCACAGGGUAACAGUAAAGAGCUCUAUGCGCUGGGAGCAUUUGCUGGAACUCACACGGUGAACGGACGCUACGCCCUGCAGGUGUGUGCAUUAGUCCGCUGUGCAGGGCUUCAGGCCACUUCCUGUGGACAGGAAGUGGAAGAGGCUGAGACUAAAAUGAACUUCUUGUUGGAGGGGAAGUUUGGGACCAGAUACGUGUACCCAUCAAUUCUGGCGAGCCAUCUGGUCCUGGAGCAGCCAGAGCAUCUGGAGAAGACCGCGGAUGGUAGAGUGACCAUGGAACAUUCAAACACGAGUGGUGGCCUCGUCACUGCCUGUCUGUAUGAACGAAUGUACCACCUGGACAAUGAAUGAACUGGACCUACAACGAUUAGUCGAUUGACAAAAAAAUUAAUCUGCAAAAAUGCCAAAAAUUUGCAGGUCUUGGCCUCUCCAAUGUGAAGAUUUGAUGCUUGUCUUUGUCAUAUGUAAUUGUAAACUGGAUAUCUUUUAGUUUUAGACUGUUGGUUGGACAAUUUCUCACUUUCCUACCAUUUUAAAGAGAAAACAGUAACGAUAAU